GUUCAUUAAAGGACAACUGCAGUACAGUGGGUUACUUUGUAAAUUGUAGUUCUGUUAUACUAGGCCUAUUAUAGUUAACAUUUCCAUAUUGAUUUAGGAUCCAGGAAAACGAAUGUCUUCUAUCACAUACUAUUGAUUGAACCGCUUCUUCACCUUGAAUACCACUCUUCUGUUGCAAACAUGGCCAAUGAGAAGAAUGAACCUGAAAGUGAUGCAUCAUCCAAUGACAAGAAAGCUCAAGAGAUGAUUGACAGCAUAUGUGCAAAGAAGCAGGAGUCAUAUGAUCAAUUCAUGAAAUCUUUUACCAUGUUACAAAAAGAGGAUGUAAUAAAUCAGUUGAUGAAGGACGUAAGUGAUGAACUAUUGAACGAACCAAUCCAAGAAGAUGAUGAAUCUGCAAAAGUUAGAUUGAACCAACAGCCAAGGAGUGAAACGAAACCAAUGGAAGGAGAUGAGGAUGUCGAAACAGAGAUUCUAAUAGAGGGAACAUUCUGUGGAAGUAUGUCAGGAAGAGAAAGACCAACUGGGGAGAAAAGUGUGCAGUUUGAUAACUUUGUGGAUGAAAUGGAAAGUGAUGAGGAUGAUGAUGGAAUUGAUGGGUUAGGAGAAAAAUAUGUGGCAUCAUUUUGCCAUCAAAGUAAUAAUACCAAAGAUGUUGAUGGAACAAAUGCAGAAAAAAUAGCAGAAACACCUUUGAUUUGCACUGACACGAAACCACUACCGGGCGAAGCAGAUGAUGAAGAUGGUAAUAACACAGGUAGUCUCCAUCCAGCAGUCAAUGCAACUCAACUAGACUUAUCAUCCAGACUCCAGCAACCUUUAGAAGAAUUUAAUGAAAAUGAAAAGCCAGAUGAGGUGGCGUGUGAUGAAGUCGUACCCUUUUCACUGGAUGAAGACUUUGAUUACAACAAUGUCCACCUGACACCAAAGUGGAGUGGUGAUACUAGGCCACCUGGUUUUGCAAAUGGUACUUGAAGCAACGUCAGUCGGACGGGAGAGAGUUCGGGGUGGGCUGGCAAUUACAACAAGUGAAUUACUACUAUUUAAGCUGAUGUAUUUUACUCUUUUAAGCUGAUGUAUUUUGUAUUAUUUGCUUAUUUUUUUUAUUUUUUUAUUAUUAUUAUUUUCGUUUUUUUAGGCGACCUGAUGUUACCAUCAUUAUUGAUGAAUACAGUAGUUGCCGCAAUAUAUACUUUAAUGUUUUGGUUUUUUUUUUUUUGGGGGGGGGUAGGGGAGGUGUUGCGUUCAUAAGCCAUGAAAUACUGCACCUAGGGCUGAUACGCAGCACAAACCACUAAGCACGGCUGGCUGAGAAAGGUCAGUGUGUGGUUUAGAACCCAAAUGGAAAAGGCUGUGCCAAUAUUGAACAUUAAACAAUUGAAAAUGUUCAUAAUUUGAAUGCUAAAUGGCAGUGAAACAACAUAGGUGAUUUGGGAAUCUCCACAUUUUCCAACAAGUUUUUAAUAGUUUUUAAAUUCCUUUUUUUUUUAGCUAAAACCAUCAUUCAUAAUUUGUUAUGGAAUAUUAAUAUAUAACUAGCUAAUAUCUUAAUUUCAAAUGUGCAAACAUGCAUGUAUUAUUUUACUUACUAAAUAAAUCGAAGACAGUCACUGUGUUCAUUUUCUUGUGGUAAUUUGCUUGCCUGCUGGGCUGUGGGUACAUCAUUAAAUGCGUGCAGAAAUUGGGGUCCGAUAUGUUGUUAUGUCACAGUAAUUGGCAGGGAUCUCCCAAUACUCAAAUCGUCUGUUUAUGGUGAUGUUCUGGUUGAUGUAAUUGCAAAUGUACAUUUAAGUGAUUGUUAAUAUUAACACUCAUUAAUUCUUGUUGAAUUUCAGAUUGGCCAGAUAUUGGCUAUAACUAACUAAGCCUCGCUCACAAUUUCAUCACUAUACUCAAGUCAAAAUAAAAAUCUUUAAUGAAUAUUUCAAUAUUCGCCAAAUUGUCAUAAAAGAGAAUUAAAUAUUUAGCAUUAAAUACAACAUGGAUGUUUGACCAGUAGGCCCAAAAUGCUGUAAAAUCAGAAUUUGUGUAUAACUACUUUUUGUAUAGAUGUUCAUGAUAAAGGCAUGUUUGUAUAUACUAUGUAGAAUGCCUGAUUAUAAAUGAUGAGUCAAGCUCUAAUAAAACUUUUUGAACAAAUCAAA